UUGAACCGCGUUUUUUUGGACCGGUUGAACAAGUGAAGGUGAAUCAAAAUGCUUUUGUCAGCCAAUUUAGAAGUCCUCGUUAGGCGUUGGUAAUGCAUUGAAACAGCUAUGCAGCUGCCUUGGCUUGCAUGUGUUGUACUUAUUCUCAAUCUCUUGACAGCUACUUCUGUCGCUGGCAAUGAUUUCCGUUUUGCUUCAUACUACGGCGACCACAUGGUGUUGCAGAAAGCCCCAGAGAGAGCCGUCUUGUGGGGCUAUGGAACAGAGAAUUCCACCGUCGUGGUCGUUCUGCACGGGCUGUCCAUAGCAAGGGAAUACAGUAGCCACGUAAGCGAAGGGGUCUGGAGGGUGAUGCUUGGCCCAGUGAAGGCAGGGGGGCCCUACAAGGUGACCGCUGUUCAGAUGGGCAUUAACACGACGGUGGUCACCCUCAGCGAUGUGCUGUUUGGGGACGUGUGGCUGUGUGGGGGACAGAGCAACAUGGCCUUCACCGUCUCCCAGAUGUACAACAGCUCUGCAGAGCUGGACAUGGUCCACAAGUUCCCAAACGUCCGUGUAUUCCAGGCCUCUCUGGAGACCAGUGCAGUUGAGUUGAUGGACCUGUCCAGGGUGGACGUGCCCUGGUCUGUACCAACCGCUGCUCUGAUAGGUGGUGGGGACUUCACCCACUUCUCGGCGGUGUGCUGGGUGUUUGGGCGUCUGCUGCACCAGGCGUUGGGGUACCCCGUGGGCCUGGUGGAGUCGUGCUGGGGGGGCACCCCUGUGGAGGCCUGGUCCUCCUCCAGACCACUGCACUCAUGUGGAGUACCCCAGACGCCAGACAGCUUUUUGGGUAGCCUGCCAUUGUCUGGAGGUCCACAGCAAAACUCAGUGCUGUGGAAUGCCAUGAUCCACCCCUUGCUGAACAUGACCAUCACAGGAGCCAUCUGGUACCAAGGUGAGGCCAACGCUGGCCAUAACCGUGACCUCUACAACUGCACCUUCCCUGGGAUGAUUAAGGACUGGCGGAUGGCCUUCCACCAGGGCUCCUGGGGACAGACCGCUCCAGACUUCCCCUUUGGCUUCGUGCAGCUGUCCACUUAUCAGAAGGGCCCAGUGGAUGAUGGCUUCCCAGAGAUCCGCUGGCACCAGACGGCGGACGUGGGCUACGCUCCCAGCGAGCGCCUACCUCGAACCUUCAUGGCCGUGGCCAUGGACUUACCUGAUGCGCACUCAGCCUGGGGCAGCAUCCACCCUCGCUAUAAAGAGGAGGUGUCAUUCAGACUGUCCCUAGGGGCGAGGGCGGUGGCCUAUGGGGACAAGCAGGUGGCUCAUCAGGGUCCCUUCCCGAGUGCUGUCGACGUGGAGGACACCUACCUGAUGGUCACCUACGACCAAAACAUCUCUGCCACCUUCUCCAAAGACAUAUUUGAGAUUUGCUGCUCCAUUGAACAAACGCCUUGUGACUCUGCAGCCAAGUUCUGGAUGCCAGUUCCCAUGGUGCCUCAAGGCCCCAGCUCGGUGGCCGUCGGCCUGGGCAGCUGCAGACGGGAGCACGUGGCCUCGCUACGCUACGCCUGGAGGGACUGGCCUUGCGACUUCAAGGCCUGCCCCAUCUACAGUUCUGACCAGGUCCUGCCCGCACCACCGUUCUUUCGACAUCUGGGACACUAGAGAAGUUUAGCUAUUGUUAUAACAAUCUGUUGUUGUAUCUGUGAAGAUUCUCAUGUCCCAUCUACCGCUCCGACCCAGUCCUGUCUGCACCACCUUUCUUUCCACACCUGGGACUUCAAGUUUAGUUAUGGCUCUUUUCCACUGCCAGUUUUCUGGUAGGCCUACAGCUCGACACAGUGCGACUCGGCCGCCACUUUUUGCUUUUCAAAUAGGCACGUCACGACACAGCUCAAUCAUAAAACAAAAAGUGGUGGCUGAGUCGUGCUUUGUCGAGCUAUAGGCCUACCAGAAAAAUGGCAGUGGAAAAGAGACUAUACUGUAAUAUCAGUUUCUGUGUCUGUGAAGAUACCAAUCAGUUUCUGUGCCUGUGAAGAUUCCCAUGCCCCAUCUACAGCUUUGACCGGGUCCUGCCUGCACCUGGGACGCUAGAAAUGUAAAGUUUAGAUACUGUAAUGACAAUCAAUCAGUCAGUUCCUGCGCCUGAUUGAGAGUCUCAAGGCAAUACAUUUUUGGGUCUGUUAAGAUUCUCAUUCAUCCAUGCCGUGUUUUCCAAAGAGUUCAGCUGCAAGCGUACCUCUUAAUCUUUGGGCUUGUGUGCGGAGUGAAAUGUCUUUCAAUCUCAAAGUGCAGUUGCUUAUGGCUCACCAUAUGCCAGGGUAAUCCGUUUCUGUCCUAUGUGUUUUGCUUUUCAGAUCGACUGUGAAGGAUUUGUCCUGCCUUCUUCAGACUUGCCUAGGCCGGGAAAUUACAAUAUAAUACCUGUGUUGCUCUUGAAUGUGAUAAUGGGGAAAGGGAAAUUUGAUGUAUGAACACUUACUGUACAUGUAGUUCAAGAUGGUACAUGAACACAAAGGAAUCACUACCCUUCAUGCAGCCCUACACACGAAUGUGAAGU